AUGAAAACAGUCAGGACUAUUUUGUCAUUAAUUGCUCAAAGGGGUUGGAUAGUUCAUCAAAUGGAUGUAUUUAAUGCUUUCCUACAAGGUGACUUGAAUGAUGAAAUAUAUAUGGAAUUACCUCAGGGAUUCUCAAGUCAGGGGGAGAACAAAGUAUGUAGACUUGUCAAAUCCCUUUUUGGGCUGAAGCAGGCUCCAAGACAAUGGAAUGCUAAAUUGUCUGAAGCCUUGUUGAAGUUACAGUUUAAACAAAGUGAAUAUGAUCACUCAUUAUUCAUCAAGAAUACUUCAACAGGGCUAAGUGCUUCUAAACCAGCUGCAACACCUAUUGAUACAAACUGCAAUUUAACCACUAAACAGUUUGAAGACUUUACCAAGUCUGCAGCUGAAUCAAAAGCAACAAAGAAUGAUCCAGUAGUAGAUCAAGGGGUAUAUCAAAGACUGAUUGAUUGGGCAUCAUGUCCACACUCAAGAAAAUCAGUGACAGGUUAUUGUGUUUUGUUGGGAGAUUCUCUAGUGUCUUGGAAAUCCAAGAAACAGUCAACUGUUUCUAGGAGUUCAGCAGAAGCAGAAUAUAGAAGCAUGGCUAGCACAGUUUCAGAACUUAUUUAG